GUCACGCGACUGGGAGAAGCUGCAGGUCUCCGAGCCCACGAAGCGCUUCAUCGGCGAGACGGGCUUCAAGCGGAUGACCCCCGUGCAGGAGCCAUCGCCAUCCCGCUGUUGCUGAACCACCGGGACGUGGCCGUUGAGGCCUGCACUGGCUCGGGCAAGACGUUGGCGUUCUUGAUCCCUGCAGUCGAGCUGCUCCUCCAGUGCGUCGCCGCCGCCGUGGCCUCCCCCGCGGGCGCCGGGCUGCAGGUGGGCUGUGCGGUCCUCGCCCCCACGCGGGAGCUGGCUGGCCAGAUCCACGAGGUGAUGUGCUCGUAUUUGGCCGCGGUGAGGCGGGCCGACGGUGACAGGGGCACCAGGCUGGGCGACCAGCUCUUCGUGGGCGGUUCCGACGCCAAGGCCGCGGCCGCCGCCAUGCGGAAGGGCGCCGACGCCGCGCAGGGCAGACUGCAGGUCGUGGUCGCCACCCCCGGCCGAAUGCGGAAGAUCCUCGAGCUGGCCGGCAGGUGCAGGCGCUCAGCCUCAAGCCGCUGGAGCUGCUGGUGCUCGACGAGGCGGAUCGCCUGCUCCAGCUCGGCUUCGCGAGCGACGUCAACUUCCUGCUGGGUGCGUGCCCCAAGCAGCGCCGCACAGGCCUUUUCAGCGCCACGCUGA